AUGCGGCAGGUGGGCGUGACCUCCAUGAACGCGAGCAGCAGCAGAAGUCAUUGCGUUUUCGUCUUCAGGAUAUCGAUCAAGGACGAGGCGUCGGGCGAGUGCAAGCUGUCGCAGACGAACCUUGUCGACCUCGCGGGGUCCGAGCGGGCCAAGCGGACGCAGGCGGAUGGCGCACGCCUGAAGGAGGGCGCCAACAUCAACCAGAGCCUCUCCGUCCUGGCCCGCGUCAUCUCCAGCCUGGCGGACAGGAAUCGGGGAAGUCAGAACCCGCCAUUCCGCGACUCGAGGCUGACCUACUUGCUCAAGGAAUCGCUCUCUGGCAACUCCAAGACCGUGAUGGUCGCAGCGGUCUCGCCGUCCAACUGGGACUACGACGAGACUAUGUCCACGCUCAAGUUCCAAUCUGUGAAGCUGGUGCAGACAAGCGCGAAGCAGAACAAGGACAACGAGCAGAAUAUCGAGCGGCAGCUGCGUGCCGAGGCGGACGAGCUCAAGGCGAAGCUGCUGGAGCUCGAGGUCUCGAACAGCCUGCCGGCCGCGAUCGAGAGGGCGCAGCAGCAGCUCACGCACCAGGAGAGGAGCUCCUGCGGAGGCACGCUCCCGGCGGCUGGGAGCAGCUGCUGCGCAGGGAGGAGGCCCUGA